UUUCUGUCUUUCUAAAUGUAAAACACAGCAUCUUAAAAUAUAAAUGGUAGGAAAUUUGUUAGUUUCUUCUUGAAUAUAAACUUCAAUCCUAUAUCUGUUUAUAUAACUGUAAUGAUACAUCUAUCCAUGGAAUUUUCAGACAACAAAUCGGUUAGUUAGUUUGAUAAUUCAACGAGGUAAAAAACAGAGAAAAUGCAGCAUCAAACAGAAGUCAAAGACUCAAAAUGCUAUUCUGGAUUUGCCAUGCACUUGCGUAUAUUAUUUCUCUUACCACACGGUUUUAAGAGUUUGUUCUCUUACAACAACAUCAAACAACUCUUUCUGUUUUGUUCUUGAUGUCUCACCCGCCUAAAAACUCGUCUUUGUUACAAGAAGAAAAAACAGAGAGAUUGAAAAACAGAGAACCUCUCCUUAGAUUUAAGAAAAUCGUGGAAAGGGUGAGAGCUGGUGAGGAAGAAGAAGAAAGCAAUAAGUUCAUGAUGUUCGAUAUCGAGAGCAUGAAGGAUCAAAACUCAUCUUCACGGCAAAUCAAGAAAUGGAACUCUGAUUAUGCCUUGAGACUUGAAGAUCCAGACAUUGAUGAUGAAACUGUUUUCAAGAAAACUGCAACCUUGAGCGUCCUGCCAACGUUACCGCCUCUGGUUAAGGACAAGACCACUCAGAUGUCUGAAGCAACUGAUGAAGAAUUACAAGAAGAAGCAGAAAAGGAACAGAUGAAAGAAAGGUUUGCGAAACUUCUUCUAGGAGAAGACAUGUCAGGAGGAGGCGAAGGCGUGUCAUCAGCACUGGCAUUAUCAAACGCAAUCACAAAUCUUUCAGCUUCUGCGUUUGGUGAGCAACGGCGUUUAGAGCCAAUCUCUGAGGAUAGAAAAGAACGGUGGAGAAGAGAAAUAGGAUGGCUUCUCUCUGUUACUGAUCAUAUAGUUGAGUUCUCUCCAACACAACAAACAAACAAAGAUGGUUCUUCAAUAGAGGUGAUGACUACGAGACAGAGAGGAGAUCUUGUCUCCAACAUCCCUGCUCUUAAGAAACUCGAUGUGAUGCUCACUGAUUGUCUUCAUAGUUUCAAGGAUCAGGAUGAGUUUUAUUACAUCACAACUGAUUCUCCUGAAUCUUUAACUAGUAACUCGACCAGGAAUGAUGAUAAAUGGUGGCUUCCAACAGUGAAAGUUCCACCAACAGGCUUAUCUGAAACGUCCAAAACGUUUCUACUGAGUCAGAAAGAGUGUGUGAGCCAAGUUCUUGAAUCCGCAAUGGCCAUAAACGCUGAAGUCUUGUCUCAAAUGGAGAUCCCUGAGAGCUACAUCGACUCGCUUCCUAAGAAAGGGAGAGUUAGUCUUGGAGACACAAUCUACAGAAUGUUAACACUAGACAUGUUUGAUGCAGAGCAGUUCCUUCUUGAGAUGGAUUUAACAUCAGAGCACAAGAUACUCGAACUAAAGAACAAAAUCGAAGCUUCGGUUGUGAUAUGGAAGAGAAAGAUAGUGCAGAAAGACAACAAGUCAUCGUCUCCAUUUAGUACCAAUCUGAGUAUGGAGAAGAGACAACUACUAGAAGAAAGAGCAGCAACGAUCUUGUUUCUUCUCAAGCAAGUUUUCCCAGGGAUAUCUCAAUCCACACUUGACAUCAGCAAGAUACAAUUCAACAAAGAUAUAGGGUUAGCUAUAUUGGAGAGUUAUUCAAGAGUUCUUGAAAGCUUGGCGCACACGGUACUGUCAAGAAUAGAAGAUGUUCUUGAAGCUGAUCAGCUAACACAGGAAUCUGAAGUUGCGGUUUGUAAGAGAGAUAUAGUGAAGGAAGCAGAGAGUCCUAAGAAGGAAGAAGGAAAGGACUUUUGUCUUUUGGAGGAGAGACCUAAAAAGAGCAAAUCUACCAUUUCACUGUCACAGGUAAUGCAAUGGAACAUGGAAGACCAUGAGCAACCGAAGAAAGAAAAGAACGAAACACCACGCAAGAAACUGUUGACCAGAGUGUCAAGCAUGAUCAACAAGAAGACUAGUUCUUAUCUUGAAUCUCUUGGAACAACAAAAAGUCCAAAGGCAUGGAGAUACUCUUGAGAAAAUAAUAUUUAUUUUGUAAAGCUAGGGAAAGAAAAACGGUUUAAAUGUAACAGAGAAACAGAAUAUACAUACAAUAAUUUAAAGAGUUAAAAAGCAUUGAGAAAUGUUUAUGGGAAGGUAACAAACAUUGCAUGAAUCUAAAUCAGAGUUUGCCGCGAGGACCGAGCUUAGGCUUCUCCUGAGGACCUCUCUUGAUGGGAAGAACAUCGCCGGUGGAUGAAGCGCUGACAUAAGUAA